AAAGAAAGUAGGCAAAUGCCAUGUUAAAUACCGUGUUCUUUCUCUUAAAUCGUGAGCGAGACGAUGCCGUUUCCCAACGUCUUAGAGAAUAUAGCUUAAGAGGGUGCAUAUUUUCGUAUUAGCCAUGUUACCAGCUCUUCUACUUCCAUUGCUUUUUCUGUCGACAGCUGCUUCACGCACGGGGUGUAAAUACCUGCCGGAUGAUAAUGAUUGGCCGAGUCAGAGUGAAUGGGCUGCUCUAAACGGUACGGUACACGGCCGUUUAGUUGCUACCGUUCCCCUCGGGUCUCCUUGUCACGAUCCAACAUAUGAUGAAAAUGAAUGUUCUUAUUUAAAGAAUCAGUGGUUUUCUCCAGGUGUCCACCUAGGCUCGUCUUCGUCUGUUAUGGCACCCAUAUUCGCUAAUGAUAGUUGUGAUCCCUGGCGGCCGCGAAGCAAGCCCUGUACUCUAGGCAACUAUGUCAGCUAUGCUGUGAACGUAUCUGAGCCAAGCGAUAUUGUCGCAGCACUCAAAUUCGCCGAAGAGAAAAAUAUCCGAUUCGUCAUUCGCAAUACUGGCCAUGAUUACCUGGGAAGAUCUACGGGUGCUGGAGCUUUAUCUGUGUGGCUUCACCACCUUAAGAGUACCGAGAUCAUCGAGUGGGAUGACUCUCAUUACAAGGGCAAAGCGCUAAAACUUGGGGCGGGCGUUAUAGGCUACGAGGCGCUGGCCGCGGCGCAUUCAGCUGGGCUCGUGGUACUGACCGGUGAAUGCCCCACGGUUGGUAUUGCAGGAGGCUACACACAAGGUGGGGGUCACUCAGCGCUCAGCACGAAUUUUGGUCUGGCUGCCGAUAACACACUCUCUUUUGAGGUUGUUACACCAACCGGUCAGGUACUGACAGCGUCGCGAACUGAGAAUCAAGACCUAUACUGGGCCCUGAGUGGAGGGGGCGGGGGUAACUACGGUGUUGUGCUCUCGAUGACUGUGCAAACACAUCCAGAUGCAAGAGUCAGUGGUGCAUCAUUUCAGGUCAAUGGCUCAGAUGAGAAUCCUGACCAGAUCUUCGAAGUCAUAGAUGCGUUCCAUGCAGCUCUUCCCGACAUUGUUAACUCUGGUGUCAUGAUUAUAUACACUUUCACCAACUCGAUGCUACUGAUUCCGGCUAUGACUGCGUACAACAAAACUAGGAAAGAAGUCGAGCAAAUUCUCAAGCCUCUUGUCAACUCGCUCUCUGCCAUAGGUGUUAAUUUAGCACCUAACUAUACUGAGUUCUCGAGCUACUUCGAUCACUACAAUAAUUACUGGGGACCUCUUCCGGAUGGCAAUAUUCAAGUUGCCAAUACUCUCAUCGGGGGACGCCUGAUACCUCGCUCAGUGCUCCCUCAUUUCUCAUCAACGGCUCGUAAGAUCGCAAAGAUGGGAGUAAUAUUUAUCGGCGUGGGCCUUGACGUUUCUCAGUUUGGACAAGAGAAAGCCAACGCCGUACUACCACAAUGGCGCGACACAAUUGUCCACGCAGCCCCGACUCUUCCUUGGGACAGCCAGAUUCCGUUUGACGUUGAAAUUAAGACACAAUAUAAAAUGACUGACGACGUACAGCCCGUACUCGAAGCCGCCACGCCUGGUUCGGGAGCUUACAUGAAUGAGGCCGAUUUCCAACAGAGUAACUGGCAAGAGGCAUUUUUCGGUGUCGAUUAUCCCAAAUUGUUGAAAAUCAAGAAGAAAUAUGAUCCCAAUAGCAUAUUGUACGCGACAGCUGCUGUUGGUAGCGAGGCAUACACCGUCGAUAACAACGGACGUAUGUGUAGCACCGCGGACACUAGUCCUAAGAUCAAACGAGAGUUAUGACAAUUAUAGUCAUAUAACCGCCAUACCAUUGCGAAAA